GACUACAGUAUCCAAGAGGCAUUGCGAAAGCCAAGCUUCCUUUGUUUACCUAACCGAUUCAAGGUAGUGAAUAAGUUAGGCACGGGUCUCUGUGGAAGGAAUCAAACGAUGCUGUGGCAAAGGGUCGACACCGACUCGAUGGUGCCUAGUCAAUCAAUCAGAGAACGUACAUUGUGACUCCAUUAACACUUUUGUAAUUACUAAUCUCUGAUUUAUGAAGGUUGCAAUCUUAUACCCAUGUGGGAUCGUUCUGGUUUACGAUUCAGUGGACAAACGUAACAUUGCAGUGUUAAGGUUUGAUUUAAACCGGCGUUUUUCAAACUUGGCGACAUCCUAAAGUUUAAAUUGGUUUAAAUACUUUACAUGAAAUGCUGUACUAAUUGCUGAAUUUUAUUUGCAAUUAAUAGUAAAUGUUUUAGAGAUGCUACAUUUUAUAAAAGUUACAAAUUUAUUACCGAUACAUUUCUCCCAAAUCGCACUUUCCCGGAAUUGGAAAAGAGUAGAAGGAAACAAUUAUUCUUAAUAAUAUAUAUGGACGUUUCUUCGGUAAUCGAAGAAGGCGUUGCCGCGGAAUACUGUACUGUGCAUGAGAAAUGUUUCCACUGCAAAGUACUACAACUCCCGAGAGCCACUGCGAGGUCUAGAAGAACGUUAGCCCGGGCGGAUCGAGCGCGCGAGGUUCUUUUGCUGGAUUUCCGGAGCUGCGGCAAAUUUAACUAGAUCAACAAAACUAAGCAAGGCAAGGCGCGGGAAAGUAAAAGCCGAGGGAUCGGAGAUCCCCAUUCUUCAUGCAUCACACUUUUGAGCAUCAUGCACAGGAGAUAUCUUCAGGAAAUUCCAGAUUUGGGGAGCAACAUCACUACAAGUAUCCCAUGGAGCUGGCAUCCCAACAAAACUUCAGAUCUCCUCUCAGACACUCUGGGAGUGUCUGCUCUUAAACUGGACAGUGAGAACACCCCCCAGGAUCUAUUGAUGUGUGUGGGUCCACCCACCAAACGGCAGAAAGUGAGGGAAACCAAAUUUGUGAUUAUCCACCAGCCUAGACUGCUUCAUGAAACAGUAGCAGGUGUUUCUUGGGAUACUUUGCCAGAUGAACUGCUGUUGGGAAUCUUUUCCUAUCUAAACUUGACUGAUUUGCUGAAAGUUUCCCAGGUUUGUCAGAGAUGGCAUCGCCUUUCGUUAGAUGAAUCGCUCUGGCAAACUCUUGAUCUUGCAGGUAAAAAUCUUUUGCCAGGAGUGAUUGGCCAAUUGUUGCCCUUGGGAGUGAUUGCCUUCCGCUGUCCAAGGUCCUGUAUUGGGACCCCUUUGUUUAAAACAAGCAGGGCUCUGUGUGUGCAACAUCUGGAUUUAUCAAAUUGUACAAUAAAGGUUAUAGAUCUUGAGAGUAUCCUUGGUAGAUGCCAGAAUCUGCAGAAUCUCAGCUUAGAAGGUCUCAUACUUUCUUCUGAUAUAGUUAGAAGUAUAGCUCAAAACCCCAACUUGGUCCGGCUAAACUUAUCUGGAUGUUCUGGAUUCUCUGCAGAUACCGUGGAAAUGUUGUUGAAAAGCUGUCCAAGGUUAGAAGAAUUGAAUUUAGGCUGGUGUGACUUCACAACUGAGCAUUUGAAGAUCAUAGUCAGUCAUGCUCCUCCAAAGCUAUUGCAGCUGAACCUUAGUGGAUACAGGCAGAAUCUCCUGAUGCCAGAUGUUAAAACAUUACUAGAGAGAUGCCCUGGUCUAAUACAUUUAGAUUUAAGUGACAGUGUUAUGUUGAAGCCUGAAUGCUUUGUGUACCUCCAGCAACUCACACGCCUUGAGCACUUAGGUUUUAGUCGAUGCUAUCAAAUACCUCCUGCUGCUUUACUUGAACUUGGUGAAAUUGCUACGCUCAAAACGCUGCAGGUUUUUGGAAUAGUGACUGCCAAUUCCCUACAGCUCUUAAAGGCGACGCUUCCUCAUAUAAAGUUCAAUACCUCCUACUUUACACCUAUUGCAAGACCCACCACUGGCUGCAAGAAGAACCAAGAGAUCUGGGGGAUUCAAUGCAGACUGAACUUGAGAAAUCCAGCUGGGGUUUGAAAGAACUUGAAAGACUCUGACUUCUACCAACAGCAACGUUGAGUUCCUCAAGUCUUCACUGUGGAAUUCUUGCAUUCCGUUGUAACCUCACAAUUUGCAGUUAUUGACCGAGUUUUAUCAGUUUAUGACCAAAUGCUAUCAAGUAUUUUACGAUUUGUAUUUUUUUAUGUUUUAUGUUCCACUACUUUUACUGAGGCCAGUCCAAGAAAUGUUAAUCAUGCACAAAUAGUUGCCAUAUGCAAUAUGUACACUCUCCUUGUGGAAUUUUUUUUUUUAAAAAAGUAGCUCUAGUUAAUAAAACUUGUCCAAAUGUUCAUAUUCUCUGUUUUAUCCAUGACAAUUAUUGUUGUAGGGUGUAGGGUGUAUUUGGGCUGAUAUACUUAAGAUUCUGACUUUUAUCUCAUAGCUCCUGGAAACAACAUCAUAGUUUAAUUCUGUUUAGAUCAAGCCCUGAAAUAUUUUGUUGUCACAUAUCUCAAUACUAACUGAGUAUAACCAACACAGCUGCAUGUUGCUAACUGGUAUACAGGUAUUCCUUACAAUGGCAUUUGGGACUGGAAUUCCCUUACUAAGUGAUGUUAUUGUAAACCACAAUGUCACGCGACUGCAUUGCUUAGCAACAGCAACUCCUGCACAUCCUAUUCCCCCCGUUAAGCGAGGAUUGUGGUUUGUUAAGUGAGCACCUUGUGCAACUUCCUGCCAGCUUCCCACAACAAAGUCAGUGGGCUAGUUGGCAGGAAGUGGUAAGUGCCAGGGGGUUCACAAGCAGACUGACUGGCAGGGUAAGUGGCUGCUGCUGGGUGGGACAUAGGGCACGGCACAAGCACAGUUAGCCAGCAAAGCAUGGUUCAAGUGCAGAGGGGCUGGGGGAAAAUCCACAGAUGGGCAUACUUGCUGGACUAACUUGCGAAAACCCCUGCUGGCUUCCCACAAGUAAAUUCAAUGGGGAAGCCAGCAGGGAAAGUGCAAAUUGCAAUCACGUUACUGCUGGACACAACAAGUUGGUUGCCAACUACCUAGAUCACAAUCACCUGACAGCAGGAGGACUAGGAUGGCUGGUCAUAACCACCAUUUGUUCAACACCAUUUUAAGUUUGGACGAUGAAGAAGUCAUUAAUAGAGGACUACCUGUACUUCAUACAGAAAUGCAAAUAAAAAAUAAAGGCAGAAUACAAAUAAAUACAUCUUAAUAAAGCUUUCCCUUUUUCCUGGUUGCACUGCAACAUUCAUAUAAUCUGAAUAAAUUUGUUUAGAUAUAGUAUGAAAUCCUGCUAUUUUGACCAUCUUGACAAAACAUUAAAAAUAACUAUUAUAAACAAAACUGUUAAAAUGUGUUUUUCAAAGUCUCCAUAUUUCCCUGCACUCUUGAUUUUUUUUGUUGAGAAGGUAGCAAGAUAAAAGCAUCUAGUUAAAUAUAACUAAAGUGCCCUUAAAAGGAAAAAAAAAAAAAAAAAAGGAAAAUCCAAGGAGCAAAAAAUAAUUGCAACUUGAUUUUUUUUUUCAUAAAAUAGGAUAUUAAUUUUGCUACAUGAAAGAUUCAAAGGGGAAAUAUAAUUGCAUUAGUUCUAAAUGCACUAUAAUAUCUGAGAAAUUACGACGUAUCCUUUUUCCUACUUCUCUUGUGGCCCUAAUAAUACAAUAUUUAAGAAGAAAAUUAAGUCCUAUUAUCUGACUCUGUAAACUGCUUACAGAGAGCUGUAAACAGUGCUUUUUUUCUUUUUUUUUAAAAAAAAGGUGCCGGAACUCACACAUGUCAAACAACCCACCUUGCCUACCCUACAAGGUUCCAUCCAAAAAAGGUGCCGGAACUCCAUUCUGGGCGUUCUAUGAGAAAAAAAGCCCUGGCUGUAAAGCACUGUGAAGUGGCAUAUAAGGCUAAAUGCUAUUGCUAUAAGAUUUUAUAAAGAUAUGCACAUAUUAUUUAACAUUCUAAAAUGUAUUUUCUGUUAUGACACAUGUUAAUGACAUACAACACAGUUAAAAAAGCAAGAAAAAUACAUUUAUUAAUUUACUAAUCACAGCAUACAUUAUUUUAAAUAAAACAAUUUUGGGAAAAGGCAUAGUUGUAUUGAGUUUAAUUUGUGGACAUACAAUAUUUUGACAUAGCAAUAUUUGCUUUUUUAGAAAUUUUGGUUUAAAGGCAUGUUCUUAAGAUAGAAUAAUUGUUUUAAAGACUCUUGUUUUCAGCCUAUUCUCAUUUCUGUUAUCAUAACCAGAAAAUCUAUAGUUUGUCACUCAAUUAUUUCUUAGAUGCUCAUUUUAAAAAAAA